AUGAAGAUCCAUCUAACACUUUUCUUCUCGCUUUCCUUGUCCAUCCUCGCCGCCGCAGUGGCGGCGGCGUUCGACCCCAUCCGCCUUCCCACCGCCGGCUAUCCGGUGGUGGACAUCAACGGGAACGACCUCUUCGCCGGUUCAGAGUACUACAUGAGCGCAGACGUAUCGGGAAAAGCGCGUGGACAAGGAGUGAGCCUUGAGAAGCUGAACUUAACAGCUCCAUGCCCAAACGACGUCGUUCAACUCAGGAGCCUCGACCUCGGCGACCCCCUCGUGUUCACGCCGGCGGAAAAAAACUACCUCGUCAUUCCGUCCACUUUCCAGACCAUCAGCUUCACCGGCGCCGAAGAGUGCGCCGACAAGGUGACGUGGAAGGUGGAGCACGAUGACCAAAUUGGGCAGCAACUGGUGAAGGCCGGCGAGGCUGUGGAAAACGUUAGCAAUUUGUUCAAGAUUGAGCUGGUGGAGUGGAGCCUUAAAGCUUAUAAAUUAACGUACUGUCCCAGGUACGAGGAUAACUGCUAUAAUGUCGGGAGGUAUUACGACAGGGCAACCAGGACUAUGCGUUUGGCUUUGACAAAUACCACCGAUACUUUAAUUGUGUUUAAGAAAAAAUAA